UCACUGAGCUAGCUAGCUAGGUUGGCCGGAGAAGAAGCUUAGUGGUAGCUAGGUUGGCCGGCCGGCCGGCGAUCCAUCGGAGAUGGUGGCCGGUGGGGGUGGUGCGGCGGUGGCGGCGAAGAUGGGGGAAGAGAAGCUGAUCAUCCGGUCGGAGAAGGUGAGGUUCAUCGACAUCCUGUCGCUGCUGCUCCUGCGGCGGCGGCCGCUCACCAGCUACCACUUCGUGGACGCCGGCGACGCAACCGCCGCCGACCUCGACGGCACGCCGGGGGAGUGGUUCGUCGCCCUCACCGAGAUCGUCCAGAAGGUGCUCGCCGCCGCGUACUACCCGGCCAAGUACCUCGGCGUCGCCGUCGAGUUCUUGCUCAACUUCCUCGCCCUCAACGGCGGCCUCCUCGGCAUCAUAUGGAACAUCUUCCGAUGCAAGCUGGUGAUCCCACUGAACCGGGAGGCGCCGAACUUCCGGUCCAUGAUCGCCAUGAUCGACGGGAGGACGGAGCUGAAGCCGAUGAAGAAGCCGGCCGCCGCCGUCACCGAAGUCGACGACGACGACGACGACGACUUGGAGAGCGGCGGGUGCUCCGCCGACGUGCCGCUCAUCCGGCGGCAAUACGUCGACGGUGAGCUCCUAAUCAGCGAGCAAUACAGCCUCUCCGAAGUCACCGUCAUGGCCGCCAAGAUCGCCUACGAGAACGCCGCCUACGUCGAGAACGUUGUCAACAACGUCUGGAAGUUCAACUUUGUGGGCUUCUACAGCUGCUGGAACAAGUUCGUCGGAUCGGACACGACGCAGGCGUUCGUGAUGACGGAGCGGGCGGAGGACGCGGCGGUGGUGGUGGUGGCGUUCCGCGGCACGGAGCCGUUCAACAUGCAGGACUGGUCGACGGACGUGAACCUGUCGUGGCUGGGCAUGGGCGCCAUGGGCCACGUCCAUGUCGGAUUCCUCAAGGCGCUCGGCCUCCAGGAGGUGGACGGCAAGGACGCCGCCCGCGCCUUCCCCAAGGAGCCGCCGGCCGCCGCCGCGCCCGCCGGCAAGUACGCCGCGUACUACAAGCUCCGCGACGUGCUCCGCGAGCAGCUCCGGCGCCACCCGAACGCACGCGUCGUCGUCACCGGACACAGCCUCGGCGGCGCGCUCGCCGUGGCGUUCCCGGCGCUCCUGGCGUUCCACCGCGAGGCCGACGUCCUCGCCCGCCUCGCCGCCGUGCACACCUACGGCCAGCCCCGCGUGGGCGACGCCACGUUCGCCGGGUACCUCUCCUCCUCCACGGCGGCCGCCCCGGCGUCGGUCUCGUCCGUCCGCGUCGUCUACCGCUACGACAUCGUCCCGCGCGUGCCGUUCGACGCGCCGCCGGUGGCCGACUACAGGCACGGCGGCACCUGCGUGUACUACGACGGGUGGUACGCGGGCAGGACCCUCGCCGCCGGCGAGGACGCGCCGAACAAGAACUACUUCGACCCGAAGUACGUGGUGUCCAUGUACGGCAACGCGUGGGGCGACCUUUUCAAGGGGAUGUUCCUGUGGGCGAAAGAGGGGAAGGACUACCGGGAGGGCGCCGUGUCCAUCGUCUUCCGCGCCGCCGGCCUCCUCUUCCCCGGCCUCGCCUCCCAUAGCCCCCGCGACUACGUCAACGCCGUCCGCCUCGGCCGCAUUGCACCCAAGCAAGCUUAAUUAGUAACAAUGGCUGGCUGGGGAAGAAGAUGAAUAAUGUAAUUUUGCUUUAUUUUAUUUUAUUUUAUAUUUCGGGUUUGUAUGUCAUUGCCAUUAUGUGUCUCUCGGGAAAAUUUGGAAAAAUAAUAAUAUGCAAAAGCAGCUUA